GUGGAUACCUGGCCUUUCCUCACGGGUGGGGCCUCAUGGGGACGAGGCUAGUUGGCUCGCUCCCGCUCGCCAAUCAAUCGUACACGCUAGUACGUGAGUAUGGUCUAUGCGCCACGUGUUCAAUCACGUGACGAAGGUCGAGAGGUCGCCACGCUAGCCCUGAACUGAGUUUCGUACGAAAACGAUUGCAGGUAGCUAGUUACAAUGGGAAGGCCUUUAAAGAUCGCAAUAAUAGUGGAGAUCGUCAUUCGCUUCUUAACCAUACUGUUGGGAUCUCUUCCAGCACUGAUAGCAUCAGCCGUGGCCCUUGGUCUCAUGAAGAAUAUACCCCUCCGUCUCUAUGACUAUGAUGAUGCAGACGAUAGAAAGACAUUUGAUGAUGUUACUAGAGAUGAAAAUGAAAGUCUCCGCAACAGCAUUUACAUGGCGACAGGUUUGGCAAUUGGUGUAACUUGUCUGGGAGCAAUCAUUCAACUGCUGUUCAUUCCUUUUCGAUUGUGGCUUUUUAGUGGUGAAAGCUUUCUCAUCAAAAUCUUCCUUGUCUUUGAUAUUGUGAUCAGUUUCGUGCUGGCUGCGGGUCAUAAUGUGGCUGGUGUCAUGUUGACCACCCACAGCAUUGAUAUCAAAUGGUUCUUUGAUUAUGUUCAAUUUAUUAACAAGGACGACCCUGAAAAGAUUAGAAAUGCCAUGGCUGCUAGUUCUGCACUUUGCUCCAACGCUACAUUCAUGUUCAUCAUUCUGGCCGUGUUUAUGCUCUUCUUUCUGUACAAGGAUUGGAACAAAACGGACGUCAAUACAGCUUCAUUGAACAAGACUGACAAGCUAUUAGAUCAGAGCUCAAUGUAACUAACCUGUUAGCUAAGUAAAAACAGUUGCUUAAUGCAUAGCUAACAAACUCUUAGUGUCAUUGUGUAUAGUGCGUGUGGCGAACCCUCGACCUUUA